CUUCUUUUCCUUAUUCCGUGCAUUGAAAUAUCCAGUUGCAUUUGUCUCCUUGACACCGCGUGUUUGAAAAACAGCAGUUAGGAUUUGCGAUAACACAAUCUGUUCUUUCUUUUGGACUACAUUGGCUGGGAUCACUACACCCUUUGUUAAAGAUCUUCGUCUCGGAAUCGCCUACAGAGCAGGCGGUGCCGGUCGGCAAAAUUGGCAUUUUGCGAGCAUAAUAUGACCCAAGCCUGUCCUCCGCGCAAACACGUCCCAGUGAGUUGUGUUACCUUGGCAGGGAACCUGGUGCUGACACCUUGAGACGGUGUACAUGAAUAAGUUAUCGAAGUUGUUGCAUUCAAGAUGGUGGACGAAGCAACAAAGAAAACAGUGGCAUCUAUUCCUACUUUAAAAACCAAAGCUGGUCCUCGGGAUGGCGAUCCGUGGGUUCAGAGGUUAAAAGAGGAAUAUAUGAGCUUAAUUAAGUAUGUAAGUAACAACAAAGAAGCAGACAAUGACUGGUUCAGGCUGGAAUCAAAUAAAGAGGGGACAAGAUGGUUUGGUAAGUGCUGGUAUGUCCACAACCUUUUGAAGUAUGAAUUUGACAUAGAGUUUGAUAUACCUAUUACUUAUCCUACAACUGCACCAGAGAUUGCUCUUCCAGAACUUGAUGGUAAAACUGCUAAAAUGUACAGGGGAGGAAAAAUUUGUAUGACAGAUCACUUUAAACCUCUCUGGGGAAGAAAUGUUCCUAAAUUUGGAAUAGCACAUGCCAUGGCUCUUGGACUCGGACCAUGGCUUGCUGUAGAAAUACCAGAUCUGAUAGAGAAAGGAUUGAUUGAGUACAAAGAGAAGUCUGCUAGUAAAUAGACAGGAAAUGAAAAUCGUAAGGAAAGCCAAUAAAUACUUCAAAUUGUGGAGUUUUUUUUUUUUUUUUUUAAAUGUGAUCAAUGUUGCUGAAUGUUUGCCCCUUGUUUUUAAAUUUCUUAUAACACAUCGUUGCAGUGCUAACUUUGUGGAUAGUUUUGGUAAUCGCCCGUACCGCUUUCCCUUUAGCCUUAUCUAUUUUGCAACGAAACUUAUUUUAUUGAGCUAAGCUCCAGUGUCCUAACGAUCAGCGAGACUUGUUAUCACUUUCUCUGAACAAAGGUUUGAUAAAGACGUAUGGUAUAUAAAGAAUAUGUUUCCAGCAGAUCUCUCAAUCCUCACUAUGAUGUUAUCUUUCCCCCAGUCUUUUAUUGACUUUGCACAACAACCAACGAUAAACUAGUGAAUUUCCUUUUCUGUUUUUCACCGUCUUUGCCCGAGAUUGCCUGACUAAUUUUGACAUGAGAUUUUGCGCAAUUUUAUGGCACUUCUGCGGAUUGAAUUUUAGUCUCAGCAGCAAAGCUCUUGUAGUCAUUCGAGCGCGCGUAGCCUGAUUAAAAAAACCUGGUGACAAUCGUUGCAAACCUGUAGUGUUCAUUUCCUCAGUUGUUAAACAUGCAAAGCGCAAAUUUUGGAACGUGGUCUAGAUACGCACACACACGGACACACACACUGAAACUCUUGCACAACUUCUAACAAAAUCAUUAUCAAGCGUAGCAUAUUCGUUUAUAUCUAUUUUGUUCAGUCCUUUUGAAAAUAGAAUUUCAUUCACUGUGGCAUCUUAAUAAAACGUUCAUUAAAUCA